CGAAACUUGGAAAUAAUUAUCUUGUUUGAGCCAUUGUGAGUUUGCUGCCAAAGUUGCUGAAUAAUUUUUGGAAAGGAAAACGGCUGCACGUCUGGAUCUUUAUUUCAACACAAAAAUGAAAGCAAAACAAACUUUGCUCUUUCGCUGGCAUUCAUAGCAGUCGGUACGCUUAAAAAAAACAAAAAAAAAGAAGUUCUAAAUCCCAUGACUGGCUGACUGCACUGUACAUUUCCUCUCUAAAGCAGGGUGGGGCGCCCUCAAACGCCUCAUCACAACAGCAACUUCACUCGGCUAUAACACUGCAGCCAUCUUGCACAGCGCACCGAGCGCGAAUAACCUGUUAAAUUCGGUUUGUUAGCUUGUCGCAAACCCAAUUAUUCUUCUACCAAACGACACAUAUUGAAAUUCUUCAGCCGAAUAGUUAUCGUGUUAGUGUAAACACGUCGCUGACAGUGUAACAUUUGACGAAAACAGAUUAUCUCCGAUACGAUGUUGUUCCGUCUCGCGCAGCCCCUGGAAUGACAGCUGAAGCCAUUGGUACCGCCUUUUACACGUGGAGCAGCCAAUCACAGCUCUCAGAAGUCCCUACUCGGAGACUUUUAGCUGUUGUGCGCAAGCGCACGUCAGUCGCGAUCGCCGGAGCUGACAGAGAAAAGCAGCAACUGUGACAUAGUCUUGCCCCAUUGCAUUCAAGAUUGUUUGUGCGCCUUGUUAAACAAGUUGAAGUGCGGGGGGUCUCUACAUAACGAGCUCCCCAUGGUUCAGCUAUGGACGCAUCGACGGCCAGCACGGACUCCAACACGGGAUACGACCCUGGCAAAACACCUGUCGUUAGUAGCGGCGUAACUUUUCUCCCUAAUCAUCAGGGGAAAGUGGGCUCAUACUCGGCGCAGACUUUCAAUGGGAGCCAAACUAUGAACUCUCACAAUUCAGGAAACGCUGCCACUCUCAGGGGGACGAUAGUGACAAGUGGCACUGGUAGCAGCAGCAGCGCCGCGAUAUCUGUCACAGCUGUCAACAGUGGACCAGUGUUGUCAAAAGGGCUGGCCGGUGUCACAAUGCCCCCCUCUUCAAACAGUGUAAUUCAGACCCCGCUCAUGAACUCUCAGAGCGUCGUGGCUUCAGCUCAGCCUGUGAGCCAAGCAACGGGACCCACUGUGACACUCGUCAGGACGCCUAUGCAAACCGUUGGGUCGGGUGCAGUUUUGAAUGGAAACAAUAGCGCGAGCCCUUCUGUGGCGGCCAGUGCAUCGAGUCAGACAGGUAUCGGCAUGCAAACUCCGCUUGUAAACAACGGCCAGCCUUCCAGUUCUGUGGCCAUCAGCGCGGGGACGCACAUCAUCAAGGCAGAGCCACCCACAACAAUAACAGAGUCGGCACCGCAGCCUACUGUCACUCCCGGCGCCGUCACCGUUCCUCGGACUUCUGCGGCGGCAGCUGCCGCUACUGGCGGAAUCCGAGCUCUGGCACCUCAGAUGCUGGCCCCAAGGCUACCCCAGGCUACACCGGGACAACCGAGUAUCCAUAACAUCCAGCUCCCACCGGGAAUGGUGCUUGUACGGAGUGAGAGUGGACAGCUGCUGAUGAUUCCUCAGCAGGCUUUGGCCCAGAUGCAAGCCCAGGCGCAGGGAGACCUGGCACCUCGGGCCACUACACCAACGAAUGUGCCUCCAGGCCAGGCUCCUGGAAACACUGUCAUCAGCAGACAAGUGACUCCCAGCACCAUCAUCCGACCAGGCGGUCCAGCUCCUGCAUCACUGACUGCAACCACUACUCUUCACAGACCACCUAUCCUUCAGAGCUCAGUUGGGGCAGCAGUACCCGGAAUGACCUCUAGGACAGUGAGCCAAACAGCUGGGACCACAGUUACCUCAGUAGCAUUCAGUAAAGAGACAAUUGAGAAUGUGAAAAAAUGCAAGAACUUCCUCUCCACACUGAUCAAGCUGGCAUCCAGUGGAAAGCAAUCCACAGAAACUGCAGCCACUGUUAGGGAGCUGGUCAAGGAUCUGCUAGAGGGCAAACUGGAAGCUGAAGAGUUCACCAGCAGAUUGUACAAAGAGCUCAACUCCUCACCCCAACCUUAUCUUGUGCCUUUCCUCAAGAGAAGCCUCCCAGCUUUGAGGCAGCUCACCCCAGACUCAGCAGCUUUCAUCCAGCAGAGUCAGCUCGCCCAGCCAGCCUCAGGUUCAGUCUCCUCCACCUCUACCACUCCUACUACAGUGGUCCUCGGUAGCCCAGCCCCUCGCCUUCCUACACCAGUCAGUAGGCCCCUGCUCCAGCCAGGCAUUAACAAACCAGGACAAAUGCCCUCACUGGUUCUCCAGCCUCAGCAGCAAAGAGCACUUCUGAGACCUCAGGUAACCUUACCGACAACCCCCGUGAUGACUCUCAGGAAUCAGGCCCCUAGUCACAUCGUGCUGGGACAGCAGCAGGUCCACCUUAAGGAGCUACAACCAGUUCCCCUGAGGCCAGAGGGGCCGCCUGGUUCUAAACAAGUCCUUGUUGCAGCCUUGACCCCAGCUCAAAAAAACAAGCUCAAAGAGGCGGGUGGUACUUUCAAAGAUGAUGAUGACAUCAAUGACGUAGCCUCCAUGGCCGGAGUGAACCUGUCAGAAGAGAGCGCCAAUAUCCUCGCCACCAAUUCCAUUACAGUGGGAGCGGUGACGCAUUCCUGUAAGGACGAAGCGUUUCUCUCCUGUGCCGUACUGCAGAGGAAAAUGCUUGAGAUCGGUAGGAGGUAUGGUGUAACAGAACUCGGUCCUGAGGUGGUGAACUACGUCUCGCACGCUGCUCAACAGCAUCUUCAGAACCUACUUGAAAAAGUCUCCCAAGUAGCCCAGCAGAAAAACAUCACUUUCAAGGAGGAUAACAACCAUGAGCAGAGCAGCGAUGUUCGUACUCAGCUGAAAUUCUUCGAGCAGUUGGACCAGUUAGAGAAACAACGAAAAGAGGAGCAGGAGAGAGAGAUCCUCCUGAAGGCAGCUAAGUCUCGAGCUCGGCAAGAGGAUCCAGAACAGCUGCGUCUCAAGCAGAAGGCAAAAGAGAUGCAACAGCAGGAGUUGGCUCAAAUGAGGCAAAGGGAGGCCAACCUGACAGCUCUGGCAGCCAUUGGCCCCAGGAAGAAGAAGAGGAAUCUGGAAUCACCGUCCUCUUCUGCUUCAGCCGAGGGAUCGGGAACAGGUCCCUCUCUGUCUGGUGGGCCUGCUUCAUCAGGCUCCAGACCCACACGGCAGCGCAUCACGCGCGUCAAUCUCAGGGACCUGCUCUUCUGUUUGGAGAAUGAGAGAUUUACCAGUCGCUCCCAUUUCCUCUACAAGGGCUUUCUCAAAUAGGCUUGAUGUCAAAGAGGAGAGGUGAGGAGGAGGAGGGGGCGGGCAGGAGACAAUGAAGUGUAUGGAGAGACCAACAGCUCCCACCACAGAGAGGGAGCAUAAGAGACUCUUGUAUGUGAAGAGGAGGAGAAAAGGCGACCUGGCACAUUAUAAGGUUAUCAGAUACACCUGAUUACCUGAAAUACAAUAGUAGCCAUAUUGGAUGGCCUCUCUACCUCCCUCCUCAUAUAAUGCCUAUUUCCUUUCAUAGCAGUCACUGACCGAGACCCUUUUUAUUUAAUCUUUUGUCAUGAUGGUGCAAAAAAAAGAAUAUGUUUUAAGAAGAAGUUUUUUUUGUAUGAGUAAAUGAAAUAUUGUACAAUUAUGCACUGUAACAUAGUACAGUUUAUUUUCUAAACGUUUGUAUGCAUAUUAGGCUUGAAAGCAAUGAAAUCAUUUGUUUUAUUAGACCCACCAAGAAAUUUUAUUGAUGAUUGAUUUUUAUGUGUUGGUUUCUGCAGAAUUAGUUUGAACUCCAAACUGUGUAACCUACUGAGUUGCCUUCCUAUGUAUAAGCCAUACAGCCAUCCCUAAGCAAUCAAGCCCCGGUGUUACUAAUGAAGCCGUAGCUCACUCAAUAUCUGUCAACUUUACUUGAUUUUUUUUCCCUCCACUGUAUUUAUUUACUAAACUCAUGGUUAAAUUAAUGUCUAGUUAUUUAUUUAAUUUCAUGUCACACCUCAUUUGCUUCAUGUAGCUUAAAUUCCAAACAAAAUGUGCAUUUAGGACAUGUUAAAAAUUAGUGUAUAGCUUUCAGUGUGUGAAGGCCAGGGGUGCUCUUUGUUUUCUUUUUCUUGUUUUGAAUCUGCAAAUAUUACUUUUAAAAUUAGUUCUAUAUGUAUUGAUUUCUAAAACGUAGAUUUCUGAAGGCUUUUAACCUGUAUUGCUAUACCAAACAUACAUCUACCUGAAACUCUAUUUUUGUAGUUGCCCACCAACGCAUUUUUACUCUUCUAAUGGUGACUGACAGUGUUCUACAAUCAUUUCUUUACCUGCUUUUAUUUUUGGUGUGCUACUGGACAGCCCCUUAGGAUUUUGGUAUCAAUGACUUCAAAAACUGGAGUUUCUUCCUGUAUAUUUGUAAAUGGUACACCUAGUUUUACACAUGGUUUUGUAUAGAAUUGAGAAUUUAUGCAUACAGCAGUAAGAAAAUCACAUUUUCUCUAUUAAAAAGUUUGAAUAAAUAAUGAUUUUACAGUAA